AGGGGAACAUUGUUAUCUACUUGCUAGCAGCCCGAAGCAAUCGAAGAUAGCCCGACAAAUUUAACAGAAAUCACUCUCCGCGGUCGAGGAAGAAUUGCUCUUUCCUGGCUUUUCCUCUGAACUGCGAAGCUUCUACAUUCAAACGACUUGUUUAUUUGGUAGCUUCAUGCUGCUGUCGACUGGAUGAGAAUCCUUUGUUUCAUAAAAAAUUGAACACCUUGUUCCAUUUUUAGCCUUUACUGAAUUUCAGAAGGUAUGCUUCCGAGCAAACGUUGACAAUGAAGACAGUGCUGUGCACAAUUCUCAGCUACUACGUCGUCCAUUUUACGCCAAGCCAUGCCAGAUCACCUCUACGCUGCCGCGGGAUGCCGCGAGAAGUUGAUACUUGUCCAGUUGCAGUUUCAAUAGAAGAAUGGUAUUACAACAAAGAAGAAGAAAAAUGCACGAACUUUAUGUACGGAGAAUGCCCAGAGAGUUCCAACAAGUUUGAGAGCGAGGCGGAGUGCAUAGCAGCGUGCAUAACGGCACAGCCGGAACCUCCAAAGCCCCCCAAAGUAAAUAAAGAGCCACCAAGACGGAGACCCCCCACUGCACCGAGACCCCCAAUUGCACCGAGACCUCCAAAGAAACCCGGAGGGGGCCACCAGGGAGGCAAGCAAGGAAAGCAACCUGGCGGAGGAAGGCCACCGACACCUGGAGGUCAAGAAGAGUCCCCGACGAAGCAUGUGCUUUGUGAUGCCGAACGAAGGAGACUGCCAAGGUGCUACGCUGUGGUACUUCGACCGACUAAAGGCUAGGUGCAGGAGGCUCAAAAGCGGGCUCUGUAAAGGCUCCCAUGAAUUUUUCGAAUCCAAGGAGGAUUGUGACAAUACGUGCAAAGGUAGACCCGGGUCGGAACGAAGAAGAUGCUUCAUGUUGCCAGAAGAGGGAGAUUGCGAGGAUGUAGAUAAAUGGUACUACAGUCCAAGGAGAGACAAGUGCAGAAGAUUCAGAGACGGGGACUGUGAGGGAGAUGAGAAAUUUUUCGACUCGAAGGAAGAUUGCUUAAAACUUAUGCCAAG